CGAACGCCAACAACCCUCGCAACUUUUUGGAAGCCUGCAUCCCUGGUCGAUCACCACAGUUUCGCGUUUCCGCCCUUCGUUAACCUACACGACGUCCGAUAUCCACAACAAUGGCAACAGCUCGUAAACGCCCGCGGCCGGAUAUGAUAGAGGAGAGUCAGGCAGAAUGUCCGUUCAGCGUUAUCCAUCCUGACCCUAACGAGAAGGAAAAGAAGACGAAGCGCAGACGACAAGAAUCUGAAGAUCACCCCCAACCCAAAGUUCUACUUCAAACCUCGCCCUUCCCGCCCAUGGGCAAAUUUAAGGAUCCCAAUAACACCAUGGACCGACAUUAUCAAGUCCAACCCUACCAGAAGUGGAUGGAUAUGACACGAUAUAACAGUUUUGUCCUUAACGGUGUCAAGUAUUGGAGCGAAGGUUUCAUAUUCGUUGCGAACAGCUCGACGAUCGAACGUCAAAAGAACCCAGGCGAAGCCCUACAACCUAGAAAGAAAUCGGAUGACGACUGGGUCGCAAGAAUUCUAGAAAUUCGAGCAAGUGAUGAGCAUCAUGUCUACGCACGCGUUUAUUGGAUGUACUGGCCGGACGAGCUGCCGGCGGGUACGCAAGACGGAAAGAAGUUGAUUUCAGGAAGACAGUCUUACCAUGGCGCAAACGAACUGAUCGCGUCAAAUCAUAUGGAUGUGAUCAACGUCGUCAGUGUCACCGCUGCGGCAACUGUCAAUCAGUGGGACGAGACCAAUGAGGACGACGUCCAGCCAGCACUUUACUGGCGCCAGGCCUUCGACGUCCGUAGCAUGGAACUUUCGUCUGCCGAGCUGCGCUGCAAGUGUAACCAACCUGAGAACCCCGACAAGAGACUUUUUGGAUGUUCGAACGAAGAGUGUAGGAAAUGGCUUCACGACGACUGUCUAAUUCACGAUGCUCUCUUAAAGACCUACAAACGCCUAGGAAAGGACAAACCUCACAAGCCUUCGCCAAUCAAGGAAGAGGAGGGCGAGGGUACGAAGCGACCGUUAAGUCCUAGCGAGACAGGCGCGGCGCAAACUGCUGAACAAUCGAUCGACGUCAAGCCAGAAGAGCAGCAGCAGAUGGAUAUCGAUGGCCAAAACAUUAAGACCGAGGCUUUAACUGUGUCGGUUGCCAACUCCGAAACGAAACGAAGAGGACGACCGCGUAAGUCGGAAGCGAACGAGAAGGCUGCACCCAAACCAUACGAAGGAUUAUUCGAGGGUGUCAUCAAUAGUGAUGUGAGCCCAUCGGUACUCGAGAUAACGGACCUUCGAGAGAAUGUAACGGGCGGAGACAAGUCGUGGACAGAGCCACUCGAAUGUCUCAUCUGUAGCCACGAGAUCGAGUAAUGGUAUGAUGCCGAUACGGUCUAGGUAGGUAGUCGCCAACAACACAGUUGUAUUGGUAGGGGUAUAUACAUGUUCAUGCUUUGCCUGUAAGCUUUAUCCUUUCCGCUCGGCGUUCUUGGGGGCAAAUGAUGAUACCCUACGCUUU